GACGGCGUCGGGGGAGGCGGUGGUGGCGGCAGCUGGAGCCCGACGGGCUGCCCCUUUUUCGCCGUGGGCCCGGCUCGGAGCCCCCACCCCGGGCCUCACCGGCCCAGCGCGAGGCUGCCUCACCGGAAACACGAGGCCGAAUUCCAAGCUAUUGUCCUGCUUCGCCGGGGGUCGCGCACUCCAGGCGGCAGCCCACUGGAGUCCCAGUCGCCACGACAGGCGGCAGCCAGACUCAGCCUGCCUGCACCCAGGUGAAAUAAACAGCCAUGUUGCUCACACAAAGCCUGUUUGGUGGUCUCUUCCCACGGACACGCGAGACAAUGAGGAGAUACAAGGUCUCGCUGUUCUACCUAGGCUGUUCUAGAACUCCUAAUGUCAAGCUAUCCUCCUGCCUCGGCCUCCCAUGCUGUUGGGAUUACAGGUGAGAACCACCGUCCUUGGUCACAAAUUCCUUUAAAGAGCUGUGCAAUGGCUCUCACAGCCAUUGCAGUACAUUGAACUCCAUAGAGACAGCACUGGGCAAGUGAGAACCAGACAGGCAUUGGGCGACUCUGCCUCACUGAGGAAAAAUAACUAAAAAUGGGCAAAGGAGAUCCUAAGAAGCUGAGAGGCAAAAUGUCAUCAUAUGCAUUUUUUGUGCAAACUUGUCAGGAAGAGCAUAAGAAGCCGCAGCCAGAUGCUUCAGUCAACUUCUCAGAGUUUUUAAGAAGUGCUCAGAGAGGUGGAAGACCAUGUCUGCUAAAGAGAAAAGUGAAGACAUGGCAAAGGUAGAGAAGGCCCAUCAUGAAAGAGAAAUGAAAAUCUAUAUCCCUCCUAAAGGGGCGACAAAAAAGAAGUUUGAGGAUCCCAGUGCACCCAAGAGGACUCCUUUGGGCUUUUUUUCUGUUCUGUUCUGAGAAUCUCCCAAAAAUAAAAGGAGAAUAUCUUGGCCUGUCCAUUGGUGAUGUUGUGAAGAAACUAGGAGAGAUGUGGAAUGACACUGCUGCAGGUGACAAGCAGCCUUAUGAAAAGAAGGCUGCGAAGUUGAAGGAAAAAUAUGAAAGGAUAUUGCUGCAUAUUGAGCUAAAGGAAAGCCUGAUGCAGCAAAAAAAAGGAAUCAUCAAGGCUGAAAAAAGCAAGAAAAAGAAGAAAGAGUGCCGAGCUCAGUGGCUCACACCUGUAAUCCCGGCACUUUGGUAGGCCGAGGCAGGAAAAUCACCUGAGGUCAGGAGUUUGAGACCAGCCUGGCCAACAUGGCAAAACCCUGCCUUUACUAAAAAAAUACAAAAAUUAGCUGGGUGUGGUAAUGCAUUCCUGUAAUCCCAGCUACUCGGGAAACUGAGGCAUGAGAAUCACUUGAAUCCAGGAGGCAGAGGUUGCAAUGAGCCAAGAUCGCACCAUUGCACUGGAGCCUGGGCGACAGAGCAAGACUCUGUCUCAAUAAAUAAAUAAAUAAAUAAAUAAAUAAAUAAAUAAAAAGAGGGAAGAGGAGGAAGAUGAAGAGGAUGAGGAGAAGGAGGAGGAUGAAGAUGAAGAAGAUGAUGAUGCUGAAUAAGUUUGUUUUAGUGCAGUUUUUUUUCUUGUCUAUAAAGCAUUUAAGCCCCUUGUACACAACUCAUUCCUUUCAAAGAAAAACAAUUGAAAUCUAUAAAUUCGUACAAUUAUCAGAGUUUGGUUUUGGUCAAGUCAUAAUUGUGAGUGAAGAACCAUGGAAGGAGAACAUUUCUUGCUCAUCAACUACUUUCAUAAAAUCAACAAUUUGCUUAAGUGUUUGCUUCAGAAUGUAUACAGAAGAUGAAGCUAGGAAAAUAGGAGUGGUUGGCUGGGUAAAGAAUACCAGCAAAGGCACCGUGACAGGCCAAGUGCAGGGGCCAGAAGACAAAGUCAAUUCCAUGAAGUCCUGGCUGAGCAAGGUUGGAAGCCCUAGUUCUCGCAUUGACCGCACAAACUUUUCUAAUGAAAAAACCAUCUCUAAGCUUGAAUACUCUAAUUUUAGUAUUAGAUACUAAUAGAAGAGAAAAAUUGUAACACACUGAACAACAGAUACUGUAUGUUCUUAAGACUAUGUAUACUAGAAUAAUAGUAGCAGAGUAGGGUGAAAAGGAACUUUCAGUUCUGAAAGUAAGCGACUGUACCUGUUACUAAAAAUGUCUGACACUGAAAUAAUUUUACUCAACUAUGUUUUCAACAAGCAAAAAUAUAGUAUUCUAAGAUUAAAAUGUCAUUACAAAAUAUUUAGUGUGAACAUUUAAUUUAAACUUGUCUCACGGAAUCUUUAAUUUCAAUGAACAUUACAGCAUAUAUAUGUUAUUUGGCGAGACAUCAAAUAAAGUUAACCAUUUAAAAAUUA